UGUCGGUGGAAGCUCGUCGGUCCGUCCGUCCGUCCGCCCGGUCCUUGGCCCCUUCGCUCGCCCGCCUGGGGUCGGCUUGGGGCAGGGGGACGAGGGGAUGCGCCUGGGGCUAUUCUGGUCGCUGUGAGUUAUGGCGGUGUCAUGUGAAGCAAAGAGCCCAGAAAUGCAUGUCAAAUCGAACCAGUGACUAAUCACGGUAUUUUAGUUGUCUCGGUGCCUGCCGGGCAAAGAGUUAUGGGCUCGGGAAAUCUUCACGUAGUAAUCCCUGGGCGCUGAUUUGAUCUUCAGCUGAGGCUUCCUAAGAGAGCGCAAAAAGAGGACGAAAAGGGGGCUGCUGCCCCGGGGGCGGCGAGGUCUAAACUUAUCUGAGUUUGAAACAGAAACGAGAGGAGAAAAGCCAGCGGUCCCUUCUCGCCUGUGUCUGCUCGCAGCCAUGCGCUGGCAGCCAGAGAGGAUCUAUUUGAUCUGCCUGCGGAGCAAGAAGGGUCGAGGGCGACGGCUGAGCAACCACAAAGUGUCAUUUGCUGGGAUUGUCGUCUAGCUCCAUCAUCUGUCACCUGAUGGCCAGCCAAGCAAGUGCUCGGCACAAGCGUGGACCAUUCACCCUUGCAGAAGCGACAGAGGGGAGAAAACUGGAGGUCUGCUGGGCAUUCAAGCAAUGGCUGUUGAGUAGGGCAGCUGUUUCAAUAUCUAAUUGCAUUUUAGCUUUAAUAACUGAAGGGGAAAGCGUUGCCUACCAUGAGCUACUUCCUAUCCUACUGCAAAGCGCACUGCACCGCUGUGCUCGGCCAGUACCAGACGCUGAGAUCGGAGGGCUUUCUGUGCGAUAUUUUGCUGAAAGUGAAGGAAAACGAGUUUCCUGCACACAAGUCCUUGUUGGCAUGCUCCAGUGACUACUUCCGAGCCAUGUUCAAAAGUUACACCCAAGAGUCUAAAGCCAGUGUAAUUCACCUGCAAGUUGUCUCACCCACCGGUCUCCAGCACGUCCUGGAUUUCAUUUACACUUCCUUGUUGCCCCUUUCCUUUGAAAGCCUGGAGGAUACCUUGGAAGCUGCAAGCUACUUGCAAGUGACCGAUGCGAUUGGCUUGUGCAAUCAGUACUUGGUUAACAAUCUUGCCUUGGAAAACUGCUGCUUCUCCGCCAACGUGGCCAGGAAGUUCUACCUGCCGGAUGCCUUAGCGGCAACGGAAAAAUACAUUGUCAAUAAUCUCUGGAAGCUGCUGGACUUGGAUUUGUCAGGACUGCUCGAGCUGAACUUCAGGUCUCUGCUAGCAGUGGUUCAAUCACCAGAUCUCCCCAUGGUGAAAGAAACCCGCCUGCUGAAUCUUGUGCUGCUGUGGCUGAAGCAGGAUAAAUCCAGGCUGGCUCACACAAGCAGCCUUUUAGAGCACGUACGAUACGGCCUCAUCCCGGUGGAAGAGCUGCGAAAAACCUACACGCAGUCAGAAGUGCCCCUCUCUGCAGGUAUUAAGUGCUUGAUCAUUAAAGCAAUAAACUACCAUACAUCCGUUUUCAAGCAGCCUGUCCUGCAGGAUAAGUCCACCACGCUGAGGAACCAGAAAACUCGGAUCAUUCUGCUGGGGGGAGGGACAGCAAGCGAGGGGCUCGUCAGCGAUGUGGUGGCCUUCGACGUUUACAAUCACAAAUGGCGAGCUCUCACGCAGGUGCGGGACAGGGUGCAGAACCACGGCGUGUGCGUGGUGGGCAACUUCCUCUACGUCUUGGGUGGGGAAAUAGAAAGCGGUGCCCCGGGUGAUGCUAAAACCGAACAGAUCUUAUCGGUUACGAACAAGGUCCAUCGUUACGAUCCGAGAUUUAACACGUGGACCCAAAUCACGGGCAUGCUGGAAAAGAGAUGCCAGUUUUCUUGUUGCGUCCUAGGCAAGGAUAUCUUUGCCGUUGGUGGAAGGGGUGAGGAUGGGUCGCUGCAUUCGUCUGUGGAAGUCUACAACAUCAGCAGGGACAGGUGGACGAAGGCCAGGGAAUUGCCAUGCAAGAUACACGGCCACGCCAGCGCCAUUUGCAAGAAUACUAUAUACAUCUCGGGCGGCAAGUACUCGGACCCAGCCGACACGAGCAAGGACGUAUAUUCUCUGAGCUCGCUUGAAGGGCAGUGGGUGAAACAAGCCCCCAUGAGCAUUGCUCGGUUUGGGCAUCAGAUGGCAACAAUCAGAGAAGCCAUAUUCACCUUUUUAGGAUUAUACGAACCAUUCUCUGAAAUAGAAAGAUACGACCCUGAUCAAAACCAGUGGACUCGGUUAAGACCACUGACCUAUGAUCGCUUUUGCUACGGCCUGGCAGUGGUAGAGGAAACGGCUCUUCUUAUCGGGGGAAAGAAAUGGCAAAACUCCCGGGAAGUCCCCACGCAAGAUGUGGUCGGCUACGACAUCGACAACGACGGCUGGGAAGAGAUCUGCAAAGCCCCCUUGCCUUGGUGCGGGCUGCAGUGCGCGGUGCUGCAGCUCUCGGAACCGGCCGACGAGCGGGACAGCGACGGCCAGCAGAAGAGGCCGCCGAACUGCUGAGCUCGCGCGCUGCCGAAUAACCGCCCCAGGAGACGCGCCAGCAGGGAGGUCCUGGAGACGAAGAAGAAGAAGAAGAAGAAGAAAACGGCAAUGGCGCUGAGAACGGGACAGGGUAGAGGCUUUGCUUUGAAAAGCCAAACGCUUGGUGGAAAAAGGCAAGAAAGUCUGGCUCCAGCAUGGGAAAAGGUGCUGGGAUUUAUAGGGCUGGAAGCCGACCUCACUGAGGAAGGAUGUAGCAAGUAGCGCGUUCAGAGGCGAUGAACGAGAAUCGAAAUCCUUGACUUUUGAAGAAUAAUACCUAGAUAGCAAUUAAUAGGUGUUGCAAGUCAGAUUUUUCAAAGGUUAAAAAAUAUAAUCCAUCUUUUCUGUUUUCUUAAUCAGAGGCAAUUUUCCCAGCUGGUAAGUGCUAUUGAAUUUUUUGUGCUAUGGCUAAGCAAAAUGAAAGUGAGCUGUAUAAAGACUAGAAAAUUGAUGCCUACGAGAACUAAUAAUAAGUACUGCCAAGGAAAAGGUAUUAUUUGAUAUGCUACACACUAGGCAAGAACGUCUUAGCUAACCAGCACGAAAUUACUGGACAGAAAGCAUGGAUUUUUUGAUACGUAGACUCAGUUAUGGCCAUGAGUUAAAACAGUGACUGUUUCAUAGAAGCUGUUUCUCUCUCAGGAGCCUUGGUCGUAGCACGCCUUUCGGAUGCUUAUUUUGCCUUAAAGACGCACACUACUGGUACAGUACAUUUCUUUUAUAUGCAAAAGCUUGUGUUAGUUUAGAUGUCCACAGCUGAAGGGAUAUACUUGUUACUAGACAGUAAGAAACAUGUUACAGGAGUUGCUGUAACUAAUGCCUGGAUACUUACCUCGGUAGCAUACACUGCUUUGUCCUACCUGCUCAUAACGGUAAAAUUGUUCGUAGCUGUUGAACUGGUACAUGAGAGAAUCCUGCGGUCAAAACAGGUUUACUUUCAUCAAAAAGUACGAUGGGGAGGGUGGUAACCGAAGGUUUUCGGAAGUCUUUAUUCAGUCUCUGCCUACUUAGGAAACAGCAAUACUCUUACUUCUUUUUGGCCGUGUCGGCAGAGUUCGAAGGCACAGAUUAUGGGGGUACUUUAAGGUCCACGGACCUGUGCAAGGCAGGCCAAACGGUCAGAUGCCACAGAAUCACUUUGGUAUGGAGUAAACUGAAUCUCGAGUCACACAAACGUUCAUUUAAAAGCUAAAUUUAUUGUACUUCAUUUUACAGUGUUCCCUUUCUAGGCUGAGAGUUAAUACAAUAAAAAUAUAUAUAGAAGAACAUUUAAUAGUCUUAAAAGAAGGCAGCACAAUGGAUAGGACACAUGUUCUUUGUCACUAGACUAGCUUAAAAAACUGUAAUGUUUAAUUUUCACCUUUAAAGCAAUCAAGCUGACUUUACUAAUGUAAAGUGCAGGCAGAAUAGCUGUUGCAUAGCAACAGAUCUAAGUCUUCUGAACUGCCUUGGUUUUGACAAGGAAUCAACUACACAAUGUGCAUAUACAUCCAUCAGAUAUAAAGAGGUUUUUAUAUGAAUAUAUUUACUUUUGGUCCAGUAAAACAAUAGCAAGAGAAUCUAAAUGCUUGGAACAAUAGCACAAUCCAUUUCAAGUCAAGCAUUUUUUAAGAGAAAUUUACAAAAACCUCACAAAUUUAAUAUACAAGUCAGUACCCAUGCAGUAAAUAAAUGUCCAGUUUAUACAAACAAUAUUCUUCUAAUGGUACAAAUAUUACACUGGAUUCAGAAUUCUAUACAAACGUCAAUACAUGAUUUGUCAUCCAUACCGACUUGAAUGUAGGAUUGCUGAAAACGGGCUACAGAAAGGCCACUCUUCUGUACAAUUGUGCAAAAUCUGCAAAACAUUUGCAAUCCAAAUGCAAGAAAAUACCAAGAAAGAAAGAGAGAAAGGGGGGGAGAAAGAGAAAAAGAAAGGGCAGAAAGAGAGAGGAAGAGGGAGAGAAAGAGAGAGGAAUAAAAAGAAAGAAAGAAAGAAGGAGAGAGAAAAUAAAUCUGUCUGUUCUUUCCUUCAUCCCUUCAUGGAUGUAACUGCCAGGAAGUGUCAGAGCUCGUACAGUUUAAAGUACAUUCACUGAGCUGUACAGGCAAUAGUCUGAAGUUGGUGAAGAGUACAACUCGCUGUAAAAAGUAUAAAGGAGGCUUUUCCCUUUCACAUAAGCAUUAUUAAAUCAUGUUGUGAGUCCUAACUUAUGCAGCAAAAUACUGAAAAGCAGCAAAAAUAUUUUGUCAUGCUCUGAUCACUUUUCGAAAACAAGCCCGUAAAAAGUAAAUACGUGAUUUACGAUUUCCCUCCCACUUUCCUGUUCCAGGUAUGUGCCUAACUCUACAGAGCUAUUUCUACUCAUAUUCCCUGGGUUGUCUCCAGCACAUCUCAAAUCUCAUGGAAGUUUAAAACAUUUUAAUUGGCCUGUGAACUCAGCAGAACCCAGAGGCAUCCCCUCCCCUUCAAAAGCAAACCAGAGGCUUUUUUACUCCUCGGUUAUUUUUCAGGUUCUGUGCUCAGCUCUGCUCCCAUCGCACAUUUUCCCUGCAUAUAACACAGCCAAAUUUCACAGCUCGGAAAACACAUAGGAGGCUACUUGAAAAAUCCUAUUAAUUCCUUUUCUAUUGUGGGAAUUUUCAAAGCCUCUCGGAUUCGGUGCAUUUCGUCGGGAACCUUUUCCACUGCUGCUUUUCUGGGCAAGAGAAACGCCGCUCUCAAGGAUGUCCAAAGGCUACAUUUUCUCUUUUGCAAAAUCUGCACAUUAUACUGAUACCUUCAGUACAAAAGCAGCAUAAAUGACAGUACCGUGACUAAUUU